CUUUACAGUUUGAGCGCACCACAAGAAAAGAAUCUAUAAGAGUCUGUGUAGGCCUAUCUCUACUUUUGCAAAAGAAAAUUCUGCUGUCUAAAGACUGUAGCUGCUUUUUCUUUGGCGUUUACAGCUUCAGCAAUCUAUUAAACGCUGCUAUCUCCUCUCUUGUGUGCAUACAUUCUCAGCAAUCUGUUUUACCCAAAUCAUAUCUUGUUCGAAUUUCAUUUACCAGCUUCCCUCUUUCAUACGCUCAGUAAUAGAAAAAUGGGCAACACUUCCUGCUGCUGCUCAUCCUCUGCCCCCCAACAGGAUUAUCAAGAUGUUAUCGAGAAACUGAUCGAAGUGGGAGAGAUGAGCCACAUCGAUGAAUUGAUUUCUUACAUCGAUGAGCUCUUGAAUGCCAUCGACCAGCGAAGGGUUAAUUCAAUUGCCGUUCUUUCCAAGACGAAUCGAGUCACCUCUUCUAUCACUUCUGGUGGUACUUUAUUGGAGAAGAUAUUGCAGAGAUCUAACAGACAUAUAUGCAAGAGGGACACCAUGCCAAUGCUUAACCGUGAAACUCGGAAAUUGGUGAUUGAUAUAACAAAAGAAGCAGCGCAAAUUCAGUGGGUGGGAAUAGCGCUUUCAGUUGUAGGUUUCGUGUUGGAACACAUUGAGCAAGUUUCUUCCAACAGAGACGAAUGUAUAGUGCUCUUGAAAUACAUGUGUAAUCUUGCAAAAUACAUCAAGCGAUUGGAUGAUCAUUUGUCUGAGGAGAAGCUGAAGCGGGUUAUUCGAUUCGUUGUGGAAGGCUCACUCCUGUGCAUAUCACAAAUGCAAUCUCAUGCGCUCUACAAAUUUUUCGCUGCUCCGGUUGCGGCUGAAGACUUGCGGAGAUUGCAAGCACAACUUGGCCAGGAGUACUCAGAACUCUCACUGGAAUCGAUAAUCACUGUGUUGAAUAGGAGUGCAGAAGUGUUGAAUAGGAUUCCAGUUGUGUUACCUCCCUCCCAAGGAAUAUCUCCUCAAGCAGUGGGUAUUGAGGAAGCCAGAACUCAAGUGACUAAACUUCUAGACAUGGAAAACAAAUCUGUUAAGGUGGUGGUCAUUUAUGGACAAGGUGGGAUAGGGAAGACAACUUUAGCUAGUGCCGUCUUCAGUAAUCUUGACCUAAAAAUCUACAAUAUUUGUAGAGUUGAUAUGGAACAGAAUUGUUCAGAGGCUGAUCUUAAAUCGGCCCAACAACAAAUUUUAGAUGACCUUUAUGACCAGAAAAUUCAGUUGAGAAGUUUGAGUGAAGGUCGGGAAGUGUUAUCCAAGGACUUUAAAGAACACUCUUCUAAACCUGUUUUCAUUUUUGUUGACAACGCACUAAAGCAAAGUGACUUGGAAAAGCUUCUUCCUAUAACUGGCUUGGCAUCCCUUCCACCACAGAGCAGAAUUCUCUUAACCACCAGAAAUCUAAAUGAGACUCGUAUAAUUUUGGAAGGAGGAGUUGAACGCUGUCCUUAUCUGGUAGCUUCUCUUCCACAAGAAGAGGCACAUAAAUUCUUGUGCAAGUUGGCUUUAGGUGAUGACCAGGCAAGUUUUGACCCAAUUGUAGAUAUUAAUGGCCUCCUCCAAAUAUGCCAGGGAAUUCCAUUGGUACUAAAAAUGGCGGGAGCCAGAUUGUAUGAACAUGCUCAAAGCAUGCCAGAUUGUAGAAAUGUAGUUGAAAGUCUCAAGUCAGAGCUCCUACAAGGAGAGGAGGAUGACUUAAGUAAGCGUAUGGUGGAUUUUGUAUAUAAUCGUUUGAAAGCCUCGUGUAAAGAGGCAUUUCUUGACAUUGUGUUCUUCUUUUGUAAUUGGAGGCGGCGGAGGGUGGCGUGUAGUGUUGGAGAGACAGAGUUUGAAGAGCUUGAAAGGGCUGCACUUGUAAAUAUAAGUGAUGAAGGCAGGGUGAAUGUACAUGAUAUAGUGAAAGCGCGAGGGAGAAUGCUGUCAGGAGUUUGGGAGAGAAUCACUGACCAACAAUCUCUCAAUGAUGUUCUCCAAGAUAAAGAGAGGAUAAAGAGAACGAAGGGGAUUGUUCUAGUGGAUGAAGCAUUCGAGCUGGAAGCAGAUCAUCUCAACUUGAUGAAGAUAUGUUUAAGAGUUUUGAUCUUGACAGGAAGAACUAGAAUAGUGAAUGGAGAAUGUAGAGGAGUCUUUGACAAUCUAAGGUUGGUCAGCCUCGACAACUAUAAUAAUUACUCACGGAUGGAUGUCAGUAAGCAUCCGAGAUUAGCAGCAUUCAUUUUGAAAUACGACGGAGACUCCAACUUUCCUGAGUUCACAGGCACCAUCCCAUCUUCAUUGAGAUAUAUGUGUAUUAAAGAUGCUACGUUGGUUAAUCUAACCACCACCCUUUCCCAAAAUAAAUCUUUGCAUUCUCUAACAUUGCGGGGCUGUAGAGGGUUGGAUAGCUUGCCUAAAACCAUUGACAACAUACUUGCUUUAGAAAAGUUGAGUUUAAAGUUUUGUGAUAGUUUGGUGAACCUUCCAUAUAAUUUUGGAAAAAUAUCUUGUUUGAAAAAGUUGAGUUUAAGCUCUUGUUCCAGCUUGGUGAGCCUUCCAGAUAGUGUGGGCAAUUUAUCCUCUCUGAACAGCUUGGAUUUAAGCUCUUGUUCCAGCUUGGUGAGCCUUCCGGACAGUGUGGGCAAUUUAUCCUCUCUGAACAGCUUGGAUUUGAGGUAUUGUUCCAGCUUGGUGAGCCUUCCGGACAGUGUGGGCAAUUUAUCCUCUCUGAACAGCUUGGAUUUGAGGUAUUGUUCCAGCUUGGUGAGCCUUCCGGACAGUGUGGGCAAUUUAUCCUCUCUGAACAGCUUGCAUUUGAGCUUUUGUUCCAGCUUGGUGAGCCUUCCGGACAGUGUGGGCAAUUUAUCCUCUCUGAACAGCUUGCAUUUGAGCUUUUUUUCCAGCUUGGUGAGCCUUCCGGACAGUGUGGGCAAUUUAUCCUCUCUGAACAGUUUGCAUUUGAGCUUGUGUUCCAGCUUGGUGAGCCUUCCGGACAGUGUGGGCAAUUUAUCCUCUCUGAACAGCUUGGAUUUGAGCUCUUGUUCCAGCUUGGUGAGCCUUCCGGACAGUGUGGGCAAUUUAUCCUCUCUGAACAGCUUGCAUUUGAUCUUUUGUUCCAGCUUGGUGAGCCUUCUGGACAGUGUGGGCAAUUUAUCCUCUCUGAACAGCUUGGAUUUGAGCUCUUGUUCCAGCUUGGUGAGCCUUCCGGACAGUGUGGGCAAUUUAUCCUCUCUGAAGAGCUUGGGUUUGAGCUCUUGUUCCAGCUUGGUGAGCCUUCCGGACAGUGUGGGCAAUUUAUCCUCUCUGAAGAGCUUGUAUUUGAGCUCUUGUUCCAGCUUGGUGAGCCUUCCGGACAGUGUGGGCAAUUUAUCCUCUCUGAACAGCUUGGAUUUGAGGUAUUGUUCCAGCUUGGUGAGCCUUCCGGACAGUGUGGGCAAUUUAUCCUCUCUGAACAGCUUGGAUUUGAGCUCUUGUUCGGUGAGCCUUCCGGACAGUGUGGGCAAUUUAUCCUCUCUGAACAGCUUGCAUUUGAGCUUUUGUUCCAGCUUGGUGAGCCUUCCGGACAGUGUGGGCAAUUUAUCCUCUCUGAACAGCUUGCGUUUGAGCUGUUGUUCCAGCUUGGUGAGCCUUCCGGACAGUGUAGGCAAUUUAUCCUCUCUGAACAGCUUGGAUUUGAGCUGUUGUUCCAGCUUGGUGAGCCUUCCGGACAGUGUGGGCAAUUUAUCCUCUCUGAACAGCUUGGAUUUGAGCUGUUGUUCCAGCUUGGUGAGCCUUCCGGACAGUGUGGGCAAUUUAUCCUCUCUGAACAGCUUGGAUUUGAGCUGUUGUUCCAGCUUGGUGAGCCUUCCGGACAGUGUGGGCAAUUUAUCCUCUCUGAACAGCUUGGAUUUGAGCUCUUGUUCCAGCUUGGUGAGCCUUCCGGACAGUGUGGGCAAUUUAUCCUCUCUGAACAGCUUGGAUUUGAGCUCUUGUUCCAGCUUGGUGAGCCUUCCGGACAGUGUGGGCAAUUUAUCCUCUCUGGUAUAUCUAUAUUUAAUCAGAUGUACACAGCUGUCUUUGUUGCCAGAAAGUUUCGGAAACCUCGCUUCUCUGGAGCUAUUGGUGUUGGAAGAUUGUGAGAAGCUGUCAAAUCUACCUCAAAAUUUUGGUCAGCUGAAUUGCUUAAAAUGUGUGAGCAUACAUGGAUGCAGUGCAUUACAGAGCCUUUCUGGUGAUUUUGAAUGUUUGAGUUCACUAAUUGCUGUCAAGGCUUCAGAAUGUCCUCAACUGGAGGAAACUACAAUGGACAAGUUAGCCAAGUUGAAGGGAUUGAUUAUUGUUGAUAUAGAUGGAAGCCCUAUCUUGAAAAAGCGGUGGGAACAAGUGAAGGAGAAAUACUCUUUAGCAGUAGUGGAGUGCGGAAGAAAGGAAUUCGAGGAUAAAAUGUACCCACAUGCGGAUGUAAUGUGUAGAGCAUUUUUCCACAGUGAGUCAAGAUUCGUGUCUGUUGAUGAGGAUGGGCAGCUCGUGGAAUCGCCCAGUCCGGCAGGUGGGGUAAAUCUGUGGUUCUUGUUAAAGGAGAGGGAUGUGAGAUCAUCAUCAUCAUCAAACGGCAGUUGUUGGGAAGCAGUGAAGAAGCAAUGGAUGGAGUUGGUGGCUUCGGAUGGGGGACAAAUGAUUUAUGUGGAUAUGGGAGGGUCAUGGGAGGAAAGAGAAACACGUGCUCAGCAAGUUCUCCACCAUUUACCCAGCAACACUCGUGCGUGGAUUGCUCCUGACAAUAGGGCGAGGUUAGCCUUUGCCUAUUCCGUGCGGCAUUAUUACUACAGACAUGUCCAAAAGCGGCACGUGGAGGCCAAAUUGGGGGUUGGUAAUUGUGUUGUGAGCACAUCAGCGUGUGUGGAUGAAGAGGGAAGGCGGAAGCUUGAUGACCUCAACUUCAUACUCCCCGACCUCAGUACACCUCCUUUUGCAGAGACUAAGUAUGAAACCAUUUCUGAUGAAUUACUGUCCCCUAUUAAGAAAGCAAUGAGGUCACUGUCGGGCGUUGAUAACGCCGAGGGCGUUUAUAAGCUGAAAUGGAAAUUCUAUGGUUGAUAGUUAAAGAAAACCAAUGCAAGACCAUUGCAUUCAUCUUGACCAUUCGUUAUUGCUGUUGAAAUUUAUUUUGCCAUGGACGAAAACUUUCGUAUUUGUCAAACUUCACAUUUAUUAUGAAUGGGGAACCGUGGGCGUCAUUCAUUAUUAAUUGGGAAUUGUGGGCGUCACACCGAGCAAUAUAAGAGGCAGCGCACAUUGUGCAGAAAAUGACUCGGGGAACCCCAGCUUGUUACCAUUUGCAAGAGAAUUUUACUGACUUUUAAUGAAUCUUCACUUGCCAGCA